AAGGCCCUUGCAAAACGUAACAAACGCAACCAAACCCUGUGAAUAACAAACCAAAUCAUGCAAUAUCACACACAAAGACAUUUCAGUUUGCACUAUAACAAACUCUUCUCUGCAUCCAUAAUUCAAUUCCCUUUCAAAUGACCACCGAAGAACCCAUCAUCUCCGUUGAACCCGUGUCCGAACCAGGAACCGCCGAACCUCCGGACUUGGAGGAAGUUGAUGAACCAAAGGCCGAAACUGAGAAGAUGAAGAAAGUCAAGGAAACCGAACCUAAGAAAGAUUCCAAACCACGAAACCUUGCUUCCCAUCCUACUUACGAAGAGAUGAUUAAGGAUGCAAUAGUGUCGUUAAAGGAGAAGAACGGUUCGAGCCAAUACGCGAUUGUGAAAUUCAUUAAAGAGAAACAGAAACAGCUUCCUGGAAACUUCAAGAAGCUAUUUCUCCAAAAUUUGAAGAAGAAUGUUGCUUUUGGAAAGCUUGCUAAGGUUAAAGGUUCGUUCAAGCUUUCUGCAGCAGCUAAGAAGCCAGCAGUUGCCAAGCCAAAGUCAAAACCAGGUUAA